UUGCCGAGUCAAGAACCUUGGUAACAAGACGAUGUUGUUGCAGGUGUCGUGGGUGCGACAUCGUGACAUCCACCUGCUGACGGUGGGCAGGUAUACAUACACAAGUGACCAGAGGUUCCGCGCUAUCCAUCACCCGCACAGUGAAGACUGGACCCUUCAGAUCAAGUAUCCUCAGCACCGCGACUCCGGCAUCUACGAGUGUCAGAUCAGCACUACGCCACAUAUGAGCCACUUCAUCCAUCUGAACGUCGUAGAGCCAACUACUGACAUCAUCGGUGGCCCAGACUUGUACAUCGACCGUGGCAGUACCAUCAACCUCACGUGUGUUGUACUAUACAGUCCGGAGCCACCAGCCUACAUAUUCUGGAAUCACAAUGAGGCGAUAAUCAGUUACGAUUCGCCGCGUGGUGGCGUCAGUGUCAUCACAGAGAAGGGGGAAACAACCACAAGCUUCCUGCUCAUCCAGAAAGCUCGACCUUCUGACUCGGGUCGCUAUCAGUGCAACCCUUCCAACGCCCAAUCCAAAAGCAUCACGGUUCACGUCCUCAAUGGGGAAUAUCCCGCGGCGAUGCAACAUGGGGGACAAGCGCAUCAUCGCUCAUCACAUCUCUACUGUUUAAUAUUCUGCGUGUGCCUGUUGCUGUUAAGUCCCUAACACGUAAUAAGUGCAGUGGAACAGGUUUAUGUUGCAUAAGCAACUGAGAGAAUCGAGAAGACGUAUUUAUGAAACCUUACAGUGACAGGUAUAAUUUUAUGUCUCAUUUAUUUUGUUUGCUCAUGACAUACAGUUUCUUGACCAUAACAAGAAGUCAGAUUCAAGAGGAAGUGGCAGUGAUACAGAAUUAGUAUACUACGCUUAAGUGCGUCAAAAUAAGUGUAUAUACUUACUGUACAAAACAAAUUAAAGAAAUGUGGAAAUUAUACAGUGCUUGAUCGAAGUGGUCGAUGUAAUAUUACAGAUUUAAUAUAUAUCUAUUUUCUAAGUGCAGUCUCAGAUGACUAAACGAGAUGUGUGAAACACUAUGACUUUUUUAACAAAUAAGUACGACCAUUAUGUGGAUAACUAUGUUGCAACAACUCAGUUAUGUAUAAAAAAUACAUUUCGCAUAUAUUAAUAUUCCCUAUUUGUUCUCCAAGCCAGUUCUCGUAUGUAUCAAAGUGGACGGAAAAAGUGACAAUAUAUUGGACAAGGAAAAUCUGGUAUAAUUCAUUCCAAGAUUGAGGAAUUUUAUUAUUAUAUUCUCCAUAGUAUAAAAAAUCUUGCAACUUCUAAGUUCUUACUGAGAAAGAAAUUCCCUCUACGGAACAAACUAACUAAAUGAGUGAAUAUUUUUACAGUGAAACAACAUUGAUUUGAUUAGAUCAUUGCCUCAUUUGAUUAACCAGGAUCUGUGGUACCCAUCAUGAGUGACAAAGAGGAAAAAAAUCUCCAGUAUUUACACAGAUCUUAGAAAAAUCUUCCAUAGGCAUUUUCUGACAGAAUGAAAAAGGACAAGAAGUACUCAAGUUUACUGAAUAAUAACAAUACACUACUUUGACUUUGUCCAAUUAUAAGUGGCCUACAAGUUAUAUUCAAGAAAUUAUGUGGCAAGUUGAUUAGAAGGAAUAUAGUCACAGAUUUACUCUGCCUAUGUGAGUGACUCAGUCCCAUUUCCUAAAAGUGAAUGUGCUUUUUUUUUCAAGAAGAGGAAGAAGAGAUCAUGAACAAAGACAGAUAUCGAGGGCCUAAUAAUAAUGUUGGUUGGGAGAGGUAAUCUUUCCUUCUACCAGUGUUCUUAUUGUCGUCUUCAGAAUUGGAUUUUUCUUAAUCUCAACAGUAUACUAUCCACGCCUUACUUCCUGCAGAAGUCUUAGGGUUUCCGCACACCGUUUCACGACAUGACUACAGCGAGUCAGGAGUUCAUUCAAGUAGAUUAUCAACAGGCCAGUGGACAAUGAAACAGAGAAGGAUGAAGAGAGCAUCUCCUACUAGGACAUACACAGCUUAAAGGGGUUGCACAUUCUUCACAUAGCAUUUUAUGUUCUCUGCUCGUCUGAGAGAAGAGUUUUGUGUGGCGACUUUGCUGUUGAAGACGAAAAGGAAUACAGAAUAUUUUGUGACUGUGUGCGGUAUUGUUUAAAUGAAGACACACGCUAUAAGGAGAAAGUAAAUGCGAGUUAAUAUAUUUAUAAUGAAAAAUUAAUUGUGAAAGACGGAAGAAAUAUUAUUUUGUGUUCUGUAUAUGUCAUUCCCCAUAAACAAACGCGAUGGAAUAAUAAAUUGUUUAAUUUAUAUUUGUUACCAUAAUGUGUAGACCUAUAAUUAAGCAGAAAAUGUGCGAACAUUAUCAUGUUU